CAAUCCUUUCAUAAUAGGGGGGUUUGAAAAUGUAGAAAUGCUUCAUACAAACGUACUGCAAAAAUAAAUAUAUGUAGUUUUAUUAAAAGGGCAUUAGUGUGCAUAAACUUAUUUUUAGGAGGUGACAUAUUCAUGCUGUGACCUUCUUUGGAUCUUCAUCGAGCUGCUGCUUCAGCUGGACGGACUGACCCACUGUGGACACCGCGGUGAACUUCUCCGUCAGGAAGAAGGAAAAACUAAACGAUAAGUUUAACGAUUCAAUGUUCUGACAUACGAUGCUUUUCAGGAGUUCACAGAGAGCACCUCUGAACUUUCAGACCCCCUCACAGAGUUUAUAGGAUGUCCGGUGAUGCUAGUCGGCGCUCCCCCCCGUUUCACCCUCAGAAUGGAACAUCCUGGAAGUGGUCUGGCCUGACUCAGGAGUCAAAGAACUUCCACUGAGAACAUCGCGGGGGGGAGUUCACGGUUCUUCUCUCAGAGAUACGAGCUCUCCUGAUAAGAGGAAAGUUUUUGUUGUUUUUUUUUUUAUGUUGGCCGCAUCAUUACUGAGUUUUGAAAAAGCACCGUUCAUUUGGAGGAGGCGUCAGGACGCGGAUAAAGUGGUUUUUAAAGCUGUAUUUUCGGGAAUGCUUCCACGGUCUAACAAGAAAGAGCAAUCAGGGACAGUCUUUUCUGUCAGUCUCCAUCUGAAGACAUGUUCCUCUGGACCCUGUCCGACUGCAAAGUACACCUGUUGAUUGUCAUGCUUUGGGACAGCCUCUGUACUCUGGGACUCAAACCCACGCCGUGGCCGCUGUACCCCCAAAAGCCUCUGCUCCUGGUUUGGAACGCCCCCACUCAAGAAUGUGGCCCCUGGCGCCAGGUAUUUUUUCAGCUGGACCAGUUCCACAUCGUCGCCACACCGAACGAAGGCUUCGUCAGACAGAACUUGACCAUGUUCUACAAGGACCGUUUGGGUUUGUACCCCUACCUGGAGCAGGAUGACGUGGUGGUGAACGGGGGGCUGCCGCAGGUGGCCAGUCUCACCAAGCAUCUGGAGAAAAUGGAGGAUGGCGUUCGGAGGUAUAUACCUGACGCCGACGCCAGAGGUCUGGCCGUUAUUGACUGGGAAGAGUGGCGCCCCAUAUGGAUGCGCAACUGGGGACCUAAGCAUAUUUAUCGCAACCACUCUCUGGUAUUGGUGCAGCAGAAGAACCCCACCUGGCCACUAGAACAGGUGAGCAGAGUGGCUCAGCAGGAGUUUGAGAUCUCAGCCAAGAAGUUCAUGUUGGAGACAUUACGACACGCCAAACACCUGAGACCCAACCAACUGUGGGGGUUCUAUCUGUUCCCCGACUGCUACAACCACGACUACCUACGCUCCAUGGUGAGUUACACCGGCCGCUGUCCCGAUGUGGAGGUGGCCCGCAACGAGCGUCUGGAGUGGCUGUGGACUGAGAGCACGGCUCUGUUCCCCUCCAUAUACAUGGGCGCUGUGCUGCGCUCCACCGCCUCCGGACGCCAGUUUGUCCGGAACAGGGUGAAGGAGGGGAUGCGUUUGGCUUCGUCGGGAGAUGGGCUGGCACGUCCUGUCUUUGUCUACACCCGGCCCACUUACAUCAGCUCUUUGGAGCAGCUGACAGAGGUCGACCUGGUGUCUUCCAUUGGGGAGAGCGCCGCUUUGGGAGCAGCUGGAAUCAUUUUAUGGGGAGACGCGACGUAUGCUAGAAACAAAACUACCUGCUCUGACCUGGAAGCAUAUGUUCGGGGCACGCUGAGUGUGUACCUCCUCAACGUCUCCACGGCAGCGGAGCUAUGCAGCCAGACCUUGUGUAGUUCUCACGGCCGCUGUCUUCGCAAGGAUCCGGACAGCGAGGUUUACCUGCACCUGAACCCCCUCACCCACAGCAUCCAGAGACAGAACGGCAAGCUGACGGUCUCCGGUGAACUCGGAGAAGCGGACAAGUUGAGCUUGCAGACGGACUUCCAGUGUCAGUGCUACAGCGGUUUUCAGGGGGACAGCUGUGAACAGGCCGACUCGCUGCGCCAAAGAGGUUUAGGCUCUCAGGCCAGAGCCUCAGCUCUGACUUUUGUCGUAUUACUGGUUGUGUUUGUGAUUCUUUAAUAGUAUAAAAGACUGAGAGUAGGCAUAGUUUUAAAUUUCAUGGUGAAGCGUUGCAAAAAUAAGCAAAAAAAUGACUUUAUAAGAGAAACCACUGAGAUAAAAAAGUGACUUUUGUUUGAAUUUAUUUCUAAUUUAUGUUUAAACAAAGGAGCACUCUUUGAAAAUUACACUUUUUUCAGUUUUUCUUCUUUUUCUAGACCCCAGAUUUCAAACUUCCCACGGAGUUUACGCCUGAUGUUGUGACACGCGUUAUUGAACGUGUGUUUAGCAUCUAGUGUUCACACUGCACUGUUGCUGCACAAUAUUAGCGCUGUAUUCCAAAAUAUGAAAGACUUGGUAUCAUAGAAUGCCUUCUCGGCACAAAUCACAGUUAUUUUUUUCUUCAUGGUCAGUUUUCAAAUGGUUGGCACUUCAAUAGGAACGCCAUCCAUACGUCACAAAAAGUUUAAGUCCCCGAUUGAUUAAAAUUUGGUUUGGUUUAACUUUCAUCGCGCAUUCCAUAGCCAAGCGCUUCGUAUGUAGAGCCCGAAAACGGACUAAAACAUGCAUAGCAAUGCCAAAUUUUUGAAUGCAUAAGCCUGAAAUGUAGUUUGCAUUGAAAGUGGUGUAUUAUGUGAACAAAGCUUGAACAUAGCUUUAGUGGUAGCUACUCCAAGGUGGAAAUGGAAACCAUGCACUUAAAUUACCAGACAACACACAACUUUCAUGUCUCUCAUCUUUAACACAACUUC